UUUAUCAGCGUCAACAUGUUCAAGAACCAGCUAAAGCUAACAAAUUUUUCGAAGACUCGACUCUGCUGGCAGCUGUAUCAAGCGUCCACAAGCCAAAGGUUGACGCAGACGCGGCAGUUCCGGGUGGCGGUGAUAGGAGCAGCCGGAGGCAUUGGCCAGCCACUGGCGCUCCUCCUGAUGACCAACAAGCUGGUCACCGAGCUGGCCCUGCACGACAUCGAGACCACCCAGGGCUUCGGCAAGGAUCUGUCGCACAUCUCCACGGUGUGCAAGGUGAAGCCCUACUUCGGGGAGAACGAACUGAAGAAGGCCAUAAACGGUGCUCACAUCGUCAUGAUUACCGCGGGAAUGCCGCGAAAGCCGGGCCAGACCAGGGACUUCCUGUUCGACACCAAUGCCCCGAUAGUGGCAAGGGUCGCUUGCAUGGUGGCCAAGCGUGCGCCCAAAGCUUUGGUGGGGAUCAUCACUAAUCCGGUGAACGCCGUGGUGGCCGUUGCGGCGGAGGCGAUGAAGAAGGCUGGCUGCUACGACCCCAAGCGGCUCUUCGGAGUGACCACGCUGGAUGUGGUGCGGGCGGAGAAGUUCAUUGGGGAGCACAUGAACAUUCAUCCGUAUGAUGUGAGGAUACCCGUGGUCGGAGGACACGCCGGCACCACCAUCGUGCCCAUCUUCUCCCAGUGCCAGCCGCCCUUCGAGGGAGACGAGAAGUGCAUCGCGUCGAUCGUCAAACGCAUCCAGACAGGCGGCGAUGAGGUGGUUAAGGCCAAGGCUGGGAAGGGCUCCGCCACCCUCUCGAUGGCCUACGCGGCCGCUCGCUUCACCAACGCCCUGAUGCGAGGCCUCAAGGGCAAGGCAUGUGCGCCCGAGUGCGCCUACGUCCAGUCCGACGCCACCGACGCCCCGUUCUUCUCCACUCCACUCUCCUUCGGCAAGGAUGGAAUCAAGAAAAACCAUGGCCUGCCCGAGAUGAAUGAAAGCGAGAAGAAGCAGGUGAAGGUGGCCGUCGAUGCGCUCAAGAAGUCCGCUGCCAAGGGUGUCGAGUACAUGAAAAAGUAAGGGGCUUCUUGAAAAUGUAGCACCUUUCGAUAAUACAAAUUUUCAGUGCAGCAGAAAA